CAGCUUCAGGUGGAACAGCUCUGACCUGUAUGGUGAUCAGACCCGGAGAGGAGAGACACCUGGUCCAACAAGGUGACGGACGGUUGAAAGGACGAAUCAACAAGAUGAACAAGACGAGCCAAACAAUGGAGACGAGCCUCCACAGGAGCCUGAAGGGAAAGUAACGAGAGCAGCCAGGAGCAGAAAGUGUGGGCAGAGGAACAGGCUGCUGAGGACCAGCUGGACGACAGUUUCCUGAACUGAGUCCUGAUUUCCUGGUGCAUGAUGACCUCAUCGUGAGCCAGCUGUAGCACAUCUCGCGAGAUUCUGCGAGGUGAUAAGUUGAAGAAACAUGGCGACGUCUAAUUUGUUAAAGAACAAGGGGUCCCUGCAGUUUGAGGACAAGUGGGAUCUGAUGCGGCCCAUCGUUCUCAAGCUGCUCAGACAGGAGGCCGUCACCAAGCAACAGUGGUUCGACUUGUUCUCAGAUGUGCAUGCUGUGUGUCUAUGGGAUGAUAAAGGACCUGCAAAAAUCCACCAGGCCCUCAAAGAGGACAUCUUAGACUUCAUCAAACAAGCACAGGCUCGGGUGCUGAGCCACCAGGACGACACAGCGUUGCUGAAGGCCUACAUUGUGGAGUGGAGGAAGUUCUUCACGCAGUGCGACAUCCUGCCCAAACCCUUCUGUCAGCUGGAGAUCACACUGAUGGGCAAACAGGGCAGCAACAAGAAGACAAACAUGGAGGACAGCAUCGUACGCAAGCUGAUGUUGGACACGUGGAACGAGUCGAUCUUCUCCAACAUUAAGAGUCGCCUGCAGGACAGCGCCAUGAAGCUGGUGCACGCCGAGAGGCAGGGCGAGGCCUUCGACUCGCAGCUCGUUAUAGGUGUACGAGAGUCGUACGUGAACUUGUGUUCGAACCCAGAAGACAAGCUGCAGAUCUACAGGGAUAACUUCGAGAAGGCGUACCUGGACUCCACAGAGAGGUUUUACAGAACACAGGCGCCAUCCUACCUGCAACAGAACGGCGUCCAGAACUACAUGAAAUAUGCAGAUGCAAAGCUGAGAGAAGAAGAGAAAAGAGCACUUAGAUAUUUAGAGACACGUCGUGAAUGUAACUCUGUUCAAGCACUUAUGGAGUGUUGUGUGAACGCUCUGGUGACCUCGUUCAAAGAAACCAUCCUGGCUGAAUGUCCCGGGAUGAUCAAACGCAACGAGACGGACAAGCUGCACUUGAUGUUUUCACUGAUGGACAAAGUUCCCAGUGGGAUCGAGCCGAUGCUCAAAGACCUGGAGGAUCAUAUCAUCAGUGCUGGACUGGCAGACAUGGUGGCUGCUGCUGAGACGAUUACGACUGACUCUGAGAAGUACGUGGAGCAGCUGUUGACUUUGUUUAACCGCUUCAGUAAACUGGUUAAAGAGGCUUUCCAGGACGACCCUCGCUUCCUCACUGCAAGAGAUAAGGCGUACAAGGCCGUUGUCAACGACGCCACAAUCUUCAAACUGGAGCUGCCACUGAAACAGAAAGGUGUGGGCAUGAAGACUCAGCCUGAGUCAAAGUGUCCUGAGCUGCUGGCGAACUACUGCGACAUGCUGCUGAGGAAAACUCCUCUCAGCAAGAAGCUCAACUCAGAGGAGAUCGAGCUCAAACUCAAAGAAGUGCUGUUGGUGUUGAAGUACGUCCAGAAUAAAGACGUUUUCAUGCGUUAUCACAAAGCUCACCUGACCAGGCGUCUGAUUCUGGACAUCUCAGCCGACAGUGAGAUUGAGGAGAACAUGGUGGAGUGGCUCAGAGAAGUAGGAAUGCCUGCAGAUUACGUGAACAAACUGGCCCGGAUGUUUCAGGACAUCAAGGUUUCCGAGGACCUCAAUCAGGUCUUCAAGGAGAUGCACAAACACAACAAGCUGGCUCUUCCAGCGGACAGUGUGAACAUUAAGAUCCUGAACGCUGGAGCGUGGUCACGGAGCAGCGAGAAGGUUUUUGUCUCGCUGCCCACUGAGCUGGAGGACCUGAUCCCCGAGGUGGAAGACUUCUACAAGAGGAAUCACAGCGGCCGCAAACUCCACUGGCAUCACCUCAUGUCCAACGGCAUCAUCACCUUUAAGAACGAGGUGGGUCAGUACGACCUGGAGGUGACGACGUUCCAGCUCGCCGUGUUGUUCGCCUGGAACCAGCGACCCCGAGAGAGGAUCAGCUUCGAGAACCUCAAACUGGCCACAGAGCUGCCGGACGCAGAGCUGCGCCGCACACUCUGGUCUCUGGUCGCCUUCCCCAAACUGAAGAGGCAGGUGUUGUCUUACGACCCUCCGGUCAGCUCGCCCAAAGACUUCACAGACAGCACGCUCUUCUACGUCAACCAGGAGUUCUCACUCAUCAAAAACUCCAAAGUCCAGAAGCGGGGAAAGAUAAACCUGAUUGGUCGGCUGCAGCUGACGACUGAGCGAAUGAGAGAAGAGGAGAACGAAGGAAUCGUUCAGCUCAGAAUACUCAGGACUCAGGAGGCCAUCAUACAAAUCAUGAAGAUGAGGAAGAGGAUCAGCAACGCCCAGCUGCAGACGGAGCUGGUGGAGAUCCUGAAGAACAUGUUUCUGCCCCAGAAGAAGAUGAUCAAGGAGCAGAUCGAGUGGCUCAUCGAGCACAAGUACAUAAAGAGGGACGAGACGGACAUCAACACCUUCCUCUACAUGGCAUAGAGCGCUUUACCGCUCUGAUUUCUACUCCUGACCUGCGACAGGCGCUUAAACACCUGCCAGAGGAGACGGACGAGGACAAAAAGAUGUGUUUGAAGAAGAGGAGCGAGGAGGACGAGCCUCUUCAGCAGGUGGUCUGGAUGUUUUUGUCUCUUUGAGGCGUCGCGUCUGUUUGUCUCUGCUGCCCUCUAGUGUGGAUCAGAGGAGAGGCGCCGCAGCGCAGACUGCCAGCAGCUCGGAAGGAAAAACAAAAUUAGUGACGAUAUUAAAUUAAAUACUUCCUGCCUUACUUUCAUCAGCAACAGACUGCAGAGGAGGAGAAUCGAGGAGAGAAGGAGGGACAAGCUGAUAUCAAUCCUUUGCUUUCUCUUAAUGCCACAGCAGCCACGUUAGCUGCAGCCAUUUUGCAUCCCUCCUCUUCUACAUUUGUCUUAUUUCUGAACUGGGAAUGCAAAAAAAAAAAGAAAGAAAGAAAGAAAGAAAAAAGCCGCGAGUGAAAGCUGCGAACACGGGUGGAGAGAUCGGUCGGAACUACCGAGGAGUAUUUUGCCAAAUUGUGUGUGUGUGUGUUUGGGAGCAUGGUGUGUACCUGUUCUUUUAGGUGUGUGUGUGUGUGUGUGUGUAUGAGUGUGUGUGUGUGUGUGUGUGUGUGUGUAUGAGUGUGUGUGUGUGUGUGCACUUUGAACAGCAUGCUGCUUUAUGAUUUUUGUUUGUUGUUUGCGUUCAGCGGAGGAUCUGUCACACUUUGUGGUUGUGUCUGGGAAGGUUUAAAACUAUUUGAAUGCUGUUUUCCUUUUUAUCUCCUGUGGCAGGUAAAGUUUGUCGACAGGUGAGCGCGUGUUGUCUGGAGACCCUCGUCUGUGUUGGGGAAUGAUGAUACUGCAAACUAUUUAUCGGUGUGUAAAGCUCUGAACAUUGUGAGAUUAAAUACCAGCUGAAUGUGUGGAAGAGGGACAAGUCUAGAAUAGUGACAGGUGAGACGAAACUAAUACUGAAUUCUCACCUCGUUAAUCCACUCAGUGUCCUUCUCUGCACGACGUGAGCACAGGAGAGCUGUUUAACGUUUAAAAUGAUUGAGCUGCUGUUUUUAGGGGUCUUUUCUCCCCGAAGAGACGCUGUCUGAGCUGUAGUCGACUUCAUAUAGCAUCGUGUGUGUGUGUGUGUGUGUGUGUGUGUGUGUGUUUGUGUGUGUGUGUUUGUGUUGCUCUCUUCUCCCUCACAGUUCCAACAGACAUGUCAGAAAUAUCACAGUAAACUAAAUCAGAGCAGUCGAUCAAAAAGACAAUUAAUGACAAAAUUCGAUAAUUAGUUAAUUGUUUCAGUCAUUUUCGAGCAGAAGUGUAAAACAUUUCAUGGGUUCUGUUUAAUCUUUUUAAAGACGAUUAAUCAUGAAAUAAUAACAUUCACCGCUGGUUGCAGCCUGUAGACACUAAGAAUAUUUGUUUUUACGUAUCAGUUCCUGCAGCAGCUCUUCCACAUGUUGAUGUUGUGAGUGUAGUUUUGUGAGGAAGAGGAGAGACGACAGUGAAUGUGUGUGAUUGAAAAGUUUUUUUAUUUAUUCUGUAUUUAUGACGAAUGUUACUUUUUCUGUCGGUUUAAAUGUUUCUGUUUCUUUUCAUGUUUUGUUUUUAGAGAGUGUUUUUUUUUUUAGUGUUCACUCAUCGAGCUGAGACAGUAUUUAUUUACCGCAACUAAGUUUCAACUUCACUUCGAAGAAAAAAUAUCAUUCUUAGUUUUAAUUGAAUUAAUUUUCCACUUCUAAUGAUUUCAGUCGUGACUGCAGAAAUAGAUCUUCGUCCUCUGUGACUGCAGAGAUUUUGGUGAUAAUCAGAUUUACAUUUGACACACUUCUGUUCUGUGUUUGAGUGAAUAUCUGCCUUGUUGUACCUGAGAUGAAACACUCACAUUAUGCAGUUUUGUCUCUAUGCACAGACCUCGAUCAGUCGGUAUUUGGAGAUAAGUUGCUGUUUUUAAACUUUUAAACGUUCCUUGAGUACAUGAAGUGAAAGGAGUCAGUAAAUCAGGACUUUUUGAAUGUCAGUACUUCAUGUUUUUUUUUUUUUUUGAGCUCCUCCUCACUUGAUUUUCCCCAACAAAUACUCAAAGUACUUUGCGUUUGAACUAUCUUAUCCACGUGUCUUUGUUGAGACAGUGAAGUGAAAAAUCCCCCAUGAAGCAGUGACUGAAUAGUCAGCUGGCUAGUUUUAUAUUUCCUUACAUCCAAAUAAUAUUGAAAGCAGCAGGAUUAAAGUGUAAGGCAUUCUGGGAAAUGUAGGCUAUGACCAACAUAAAAUAAGGUGAACUAGGAACCAGAAAAAUAACAAAAUGUUGAGGUGGCUUUUUUAUCUUCAGUGUCUCAUGAUUCAGUCUGAACACCUGGGACAGAUGUUUCCAGAUGUUUUGAGGUUUAUUUUCCGUAAUUUGAUACGAGAUUUCUUCAGCACUUACAGUGAGUGAAGUGAAAAAUCUCUGCGUGAUAAAUUCAAGUCCGUAAAUCAAUUCAUUUAUUUUGUAAAAGAAACAUCUGAAAGAAGUUAUGUAAAGGUCGAGACAACACGACGAGGUGUGAAAACCGAUUCGAAGCAGAAAACUCAAAUAUAAAUGUUAGAUUUGAACAUUUUGACUUAAUGUUAACACUGCCUCUCUUCUUCUGUGUUAUUAAUUCACCACCUGUGCGUUUCCUACUGUGACAAGUUAAAAUGUCUGUAAUUAAGGACUAAACGUAGUUUUUUAUUCUUGCUCAAAGUCUAUAAAUUCAAUGACUAAAGUUUAAACCGACUUAAUUUAGAUAAACUCACCCAGCUGUUAGCGUGGCUGUAGACUUGUUUCCUAAACUUGAAUUUCUCUUGCAGAAGAUUUUCACAGCUUCACACGGAGUCAUCAACACCUGGAAGGUAUUUCUGACACUGAACAAGCUCUGAAUCUUAUUUAAACUUUCUCGAGGCGAUAAUUGUUGAGCUUCCUGAGCUAAUUAUUCAAAGUCAUGAACUUCAAAAAGUAUUUUACCCCCCAGAGCACCUUGAACUUGUGCAUGUUCACCUGUACAGUCUAAUGUCGUCCAGCAUCCAAACAAAACGACACACAGAGGUGUCGUUUCCCUCCAUGGUAACUUGUUUUGAGGUACCGGCACUGUUCUCAUUUUACUGCCCUUUUUUAUGAGACGUUCUGUAUUUUAAAUCAUGACAAACAGCAGACGGUGUUUUAUUCUGUCCAAUCACUAAUCAGGUGAGCUGGAGAGCUUCUCUGGUCAGACGUCUGGUUUAACCUCAGAGCCGCUCCAAGUGUUGCAGGCUGUUUGUCGUGUUUUUAUCAUUUUGAACACGCCCAUCAGCCCGGCCUGCACAGGUGGGCAGAUUUACCUGUAGCCUUGUAUAACGACAAACUUGAAGUAAACACAAUCAGUCACAGUCUAAACCAGCCGAAUGUUUGCCACUGCAUCAAGUUUUAAAGACAUUAAACUUUGUGUUGCUGGAGUGGGAGGAGAGUGGGUCGACUACUUUCAUGUGCUGCGUUGUUUUUGCUUGUUUCAAACAUUUUUUAAAGUUGAAUAAUUUAUUUCCUGGCAAAAUAAAGACAAUUGUAAAGUCAGA